UUCGCGUUCGAUUGGUCAGGAAGCUAAAAGGGAUAUUUCCACGUUGCUCCUCCCGUUUCACGCCAUGCGUACAUAUUUGCUAGACUGCAAACAACGUAUUCAGUUCUCUUGCCCUUAUAUCUAUUAGAUAUUCACUAUGGAAAAUACUUUUAUUAUUUCUAAUCCUUCUGAGCUUUGCUACCCAGAAAACAAGAAAAAAAAAUUCAGGGAAUAUAAUGCGAAAAAGGACGAUUAUAUUCAAAAACGAGUGAGGGAAACCUAUAAGCAAAUGCACACAAACCAAACGGUGGAAUUUGCCCGUAACAGAAAGGCUUACUGGACCAAAUUCGACAAGGGGAGGAUGACUAUCAUGGAAGUCUUAGAAAAGCUGAAUGAACUGGUAGAUGAAUCUGACCCAGAUUUGGAUAUCCCCAACAACUUCCAUGGUUUUCAGACAGCUGAAAAAAUCCGUAAGGCCUAUCCGGAACUCGACUGGUUUCAUCUGACUGGAUUGAUUCACGAUCUUGGAAAAGUGAUGGUUCUUUUUGGCGAACCUCAGUGGGCGGUGGUGGGGGAUACUUAUCCACUAGGCUGCUCCUUUGCAGAUUCUGUAAUUUACCAUAACAUCACAUUCAACGAAAAUCUUGACAUGAAAGAUAUUCGUUACAACACCAAAAUAGGCAUGUACACUGAACAAUGUGGAUUAGAAAAUGUUCUGAUGUCCUGGGGUCACGAUGAGUACCUAUACCAUGUCUUAGUCAAUCAUAAGACUUCUUUACCAGAGGAAGCCCUGUACAUCAUCCGAUUUCAUUCCUUUUUCCCAUGGCAUACAUCAGGAGAUUACAACUACCUUUGCAAUGACAAGGACAUGGCAAUGUUACCCUGGGUCAAGGAAUUCAGCAAAUUCGACCUUUACUCCAAAUCUAAAGACGUUCCAGAUGUGAAAAGCCUUCUCCCUUACUACCAGUCCUUGAUAGACAAGUAUAUCCCUGGUAUUGUUCAGUGGUAAAAUAGAGGAUUAGCUGAGAAGAUGACAUUGAUGAUAAUGCACCAUUGAGUAGCGGUUAAAACGUUUAGAAAAUAUAUUUCAUAUAGACUUGCUUGUUUAUUAAAAGUUUACUAAUAGUGGGAAUAUUAUUCAUUAACAUCUUCUAUUAAACGUUUACUGGUUCCAAA